AUGACUAGCAAUUUCGCCGACGCAUAUACCAAGGCCAAUCUCGCCGCUGAUGCUGCGGUAUUCGAGCCGGAGCUUUUCCAGGCGCUGACAGCACAGAUUGAGAACGCUGGCCCGUCAGAAAAGAAAUGGUUUGCGCUCGGGCUAAUUAGUGCUAUUCUGUGCGCUCUGGGCCGGGGAGAUGUGGUUGUAGAUCUCGUCCGUAACGCCACCGAAACACAGUCGGCCGAUAGCUUUAAGGAGGCGUUGACCAUUGUCCGAGAGGCCAUUACAAUCGCAACGCCGUUUGUGGGUUUGCCUAACACGAUGCCCGCUAUCUUCGGUCUGGUGGCAGAAAUCCGAGCGAGUGGGGUUGAAAUCACAGAGACCACGCCAAGAAUACCCCUCUCGGAGAAGGAUUACCACACCGUCGGUAUCGAUACGUCAAAGUUGAUCUACCGCGGGGUGGGCAACAGUGAUGUCGCUCCGAUGGUGGGCAAGUACUUCCCUGAAACAUCCUACUACGCACACACUACAAUCUUCGGAUACUUGAUAGCCGGAAGUAGGCUCUUGUCGCUGCAAGAGGCGGAGUUGGUGGUGGCUUCGUCGAUCAUUGGGCUGGGAGCAGUCCGGCAAGCCCGGAGCCACUGCAAGGGCUCAAUCCAGCUGGGAAACAGUGUCGAUGUGAUGGAGGCAAUUGUGCAGACUGCGUACGAGCUGGCGAAAUGGAACAAGACGCCUCUCCUGGGCAGUUUAGAUGUGCCAGCAUUGGCAGCGGAGGUGCGAGCAAACCUGGCCAAUGAGUAG